AUGGGGAAGGAAGAGGCAGCCGCCCACCUAACCGUGGACGGUGGUUUCGUCUGGAGCAAAUUUGUCGAGUACAAAGACCGCCUCAACUCGUACCGACAUCUUGGGUGGAUCAUCCUUCUGGCGUCUGCAGUAAAUGUCAUUCUCAUUGGUGGAAAGCGACGUGCCUUUGGGAUUUUCGUGACAGCUCUCCAUAACGAUUUUACAAACACUUCAAUGACUGAGCUGAAUUGGAUCGGUGACAGUUACGCCGCUGUGGGUUUUUUCCUUAUGCCGUUUAUGACUACGCUAAUAGUCCAUGCAGGUCGCGCCUACCGUGUCUCCAUGGUGGCUGCUGGAGCUUUCAUAUUUGUGAGUUGUUUCACUUCAGCGGCUGUCCCUUCACCGGGAUACCUGUUUGUCACUCAUACACUACUUCAUGGCAUCGGUUCCACACUCAUUCUCUGCACAACCGCCCUCAUAACAGGAGAGUACUUCGAUAAGACCCAUCGUUUCCAUGUGCUAGCAACCGCGUUUGUGUCCGGCGGACCCUAUGGCGUUCUCAUAUUUGGCCCUCUUUUCUCCUUAUGGAUACAUGAGUAUGGAUGGAGAGUAGCUUUUGAAAUAUGCGGUGUGGUUUUCCUCGGAUUCAACCUCCUGGCUGCCAUCUUCUUUCAACCCAAGCAAAGCGACCACUACGAAGAAAUGAAACACGAUGCCGAAUCUGACUCCCUAGAACCCGUAGAGCACACCGCCUCCAGUGGUCGGGGCUGGGCAGUAAUUUCUCUGUCUCAUUUGAAGGAAAAUGCGCAAAUUGUCCUGUGGGCCCUUGAGCGGUUGAUCCACAACUUCGUCAUGUAUGGUCUUCUCAUGAAUAUGACAACGUACGUCACUGAGGCUAUGGAAAACGAGAUCCAAGAGGGUUCAAAAGUUAAUUUAUACUUUGGAAUUGGUGAAUCAAUUGUCUUCACUGUAGGGGCUUUAAUCGGAGACAAGAUACGAGGACGUCUACCAAUUUUCUACAUGGUCGGAGCAGCUAUUGCUGCCAUAAUUCUUCUGGUCAUGCAGAGCCUUUACAAGGACGUAACCACAGUGCUUGUACUGGCUGGAUUCCUAGGAGCCGCAGUUGGAACUGGUAAUACAUUCCUCUACGCUACCUCUGAAGAAGUAAUGCUAAUUCAUGGUUCAGUUGCCUUUCCCAUGACUAAAUCAAUCGCUGGAGUAGGCAUGCUUCUAGCUCCUUUCUUAUCAGGAACGGUAAUUGACAUGUUCUCCUUCCGUGGAUUCUUCAUAUCCAUGGCGGUCUUGGUUUGUUUUCGAGUGCUACUCUUCAUUGCCAUUUGCAUCAUUUUGUGGAGGAAGAAGAUUCAAAGAAGUCAGAGGCGCCUUGCGGAAGGAACGAAACUUCAUCCGCCAGUUACUGCCAAAGCCGAGGGCCCACUGUAUCCCUGCGAGGAGUCCGAGCACGUUCACGCCGAAGUGGAGCAGCAGUAG